AUGGCAGACGUUCUCGCUGCUGUUUAUGACAGUGCAAAACUUUUACGAAAUAGUGGAUACUACAGCGAUGCAUUGAAAGAAUUGAAUAAGCUAAUUGACCUUUCCAAGAAAUGUAAGGAACAAUCCGAAUCACUAAAUCAAUUGUUAUCUCGUGCAUGGAACGAUAGAGGACAUUUAAAGUAUUUGAAAGUUGACUUCGAUGCUGCAAUUUAUGAUUACACUCAAGCUAUAGAACUCGAUAAGAACUUUGCGGUACCUUACUACAACAGAGGGCAGAUUCAUUACAGAAUGGGACGUUAUGAAGAGGCAGUGAAAGACCUCAGACAAGCCCUGAGAAUUGACCCAAAUUUUGAAGAUGCAAGGCAAAACCUAGAACAAGCCAUUCAAGAUUGGAAUCUUAAUCCAAAAUAAACUACUAUCUGUGCAUAGAUUUGCUCUAAUGAAGGGCUUAAGCGUCAGCUUUAAAAUUCGUUAUGGUAGCCAAUUCACAUCAUCAACUCAGUUGAUAAUACUUAAAUACCCUGUUAUUCUCUCCAACCAACAUAGCACCACAGUUUCUUUAGAAACUUACUCCCUUUAUUCAUACAAUCUAUGGAGACAUUAUAGAUAGAUGUGUUGUUCACUGUCAUAUAUAAAAAAUGUAAUUCAAGUUAUAAUUCAAAGUCUCCUUGACAAACAAUCUUUUUUUUUUAUUUGUAGAUAGAAACAAAUUAAAUAAUUUUAGUUCAAAAGAAUCAGGUAAUUGAAAGAAGACUACUAUUUAUGAGUUGAAAGGACAGACAGUAAUUUUCAGUCUAAAUGGAAAAAUUGUACAUUUUAUGACACAUUAUUUUUGUUAACCCUUUAACUCCCAGAAGUGAUAAACAUGAAACCUCUCCCUAUAAUAUCCAUACAUUAUUCAGUAAACAGGUAAUGAGAAUGUUCAAAGUUAUCAGGUAGAAGCUGCCAUCUUGAUCAAGCCCCAAGUUCUCAUAACUAAUUUACAAGGAAAUGUGUAGCAGCUAGAGGGGAGAAUUAACAAUCAGAUCUUGGGAGUUACAGGUUUAAAGCUAGAUUGAUAAUUUAGACUGCUUUGGUAGUCUCUUUUCUUAUCAUAUCUUUCUUAAUCUGUUCCUUGCGUUUACAGAAUGGCUCACUUUCUGAGCUGACUUUCAAGUUUUCGUGUUAAGAAAUGUAAAAGCUAUUGAAGGACAAGGAAAUAUUACAUCUCAAGAAAUUAUGUGACUUUCUAUCCCUUAGCACCCACCCCUUCCAUGCCCGUAUUCAAGACUCCUGUAGCGGUUACCAAGCCUCGUUUUAGGGCUUGGGGUAGAAGACACAACUGAAGUCUGAA